GGUGACGCACGGCUCGCGCUGACUGACGGGUGGCGCCGGGAUCGGGAUCGGCACCGGGAUCGGGAGCGGCGGCCUGGCGGGGCGGGAGGAGGAAGAGGAGGAAGGGUCUCGGCCCCGACGAGGCGCCAUGGCGACCACCGUCAGCACCCAGCGGGGCCCGGUAUAUGUUGGUGAACUUCCUCAAGAUUUUCUUCGCAUUACCCCAACCCAGCAGCAACAGCAAAUCCAGCUGGAUGCCCAGGCAGCUCAGCAGUUACAGUAUGGAGGACCCAUGGGUACAGUAGGAAGACUCAGCAUUACUGUAGUACAGGCAAAACUGGCAAAGAACUAUGGAAUGACACGCAUGGAUCCGUAUUGUCGAAUACGGCUGGGCUAUGCUGUGUAUGAAACUCCUACAGCACAUAAUGGAGCCAAGAACCCCCGCUGGAACAAAGUUAUUCAGUGCACUGUUCCCCCGGGUGUGGACUCUUUUUAUCUAGAGAUAUUUGAUGAGCGAGCCUUUUCAAUGGAUGACCGCAUCGCUUGGACACACAUUACAAUUCCUGAGUCUCUGAAACAAGGAAAUGUGGAAGAUGAGUGGUAUAGCCUGAGUGGAAGGCAAGGUGAUGAUAAGGAAGGAAUGAUUAAUCUGGUUAUGUCAUACACGUCUUUGCCAGCUGCCAUGAUGAUGCAGCCCCAGCCAGUGGUGCUGAUGCCCACUGUAUAUCAGCAAGGAGUUGGAUAUGUGCCUAUAGCAGGGCUUGAGUACUUUGCACUGGGGAUGCCUGCAGUCUGUAAUCCAGGCAUGGUACCAAUGGCAAUACCACCACCUGCGGUCAACCCUCAGCACCUGUGUAAUGAAGAGGACCUGAAAUCUAUCCAGGACAUGUUUCCCAACAUGGACAGGGAAGUAAUCCGCUCAGUGCUAGAAGCUCAGAGGGGGAACAAGGAUGCAGCUAUCAACUCCUUACUUCAGAUGACUGAAGAAUCAUAGAUGCCCACUUCCUGCAUAGUCCCCGUCCUUGAUGCCACUUAUUUUUACUUGCCAAGCCAGGGAUUUAGCUAGAGGAAGAAUUUCCCAACAGCUUUCUGUUAGCGCAUCUGGUGUGAAAGAUUAUACCCCUUUUCUCCUUGGACGUUUGGAUCUUUUUCUUUCUCAGUCUGUACAUACUUAGUUUAGCUUAUGUCAUGCAAUAGAGCAGUGAAGCAUCUUUGCUGUCAGCUGUGCCCUGUGUGGCUGUAAUCUGAUGGGGUGGGGAGUAAUGCUGCUUUGUUUCUUUCUCUCCUCCUUUUCAUAAAUUUACUCUUACAAAGUAACGCUAUGCAGUACAAGGUUGACUAGUGUACAUUAGAUUGAGGAAAAAAUCUUUCCAUGGAAGGUUUGCUCUUUAAACACAACUGAUUUGUUAAAAGUAUUUAGGUUUCAGCAAGCAACCUACUUUUGACAGAAGUUUAAAAAAAGUCUGGUGAUGUUUAGUUAUUACUGUGAUACACUCACCCCUUUCUGAUUAAAGAUUUUUAGUUUAAUAAGCUCAAUGUUUUAGGUUGUGCUGUUGGUAUUUGCAAUGAACAUCUUUUAUUCAAUCUAGUCAUUGGGCACCAAAGCAAUGUAUUUUCUGGUGUGCAUUUGGGGCUUUGUCCUCCCACAUAGUAUUUAUUGUUAUGUAUCUGUAAAAUCUUAAUAGGUGACUUUUAACUCGUACAGUAUGUAUUGCUGUAGCAGAGAACAGGACUAAGCCCUAAUGUACUCCCACAGUUAAUUGCACUCUAACUACUACUUCUGCAUUCCCAUGGCUGUUUCAAAGGAUAAGUGCAGAAGGAAGGAUUUUUAUAUUUGGAAAGUGACUGAAGCCGUAAAGAAUUAUUAAAGAUAUUGUCUUACAUUAAAAAAUGAAGAAAUCUACAAUCUGAUUAUAAGGCUUCUUUCUUUACACCUAUAUUUCAGCGAAGUUACUGCUUUACAUUAGUGGGAAAACUAUUGUAUUUUUUUUCCUGUAAUAUUAAAAUAAGCAUGAAAAGUAGCUUCAGGAUCUUAGAAUGGCAUUAUAAAUUGCUCAGUGACUUGUUAGACUACAUUUGCUGUAGUCAAUUUACUAUUAUGCAGAUGGAAAUAAAAUUCUUUGUGAGAGACAAUUUAACAUAUCUGAGUUACAGUCUGAUCCUCAGAGGAGGUUGUUUGUAUUUAUUGUUAGUGUAAUUUUUUUCAAAUAAGAGUUGAUUUAGGAGCUGCAGAAUCUUAUGGUAUGCACCAGUUACACCUGUUGGAUAAAUUUCUGCGGUGUCUGUUUCUGUAAAGUAAUGCACUUUAAAUAGUAAGCACCGAUUAAUUUUUCCAGUGAUGUGCAAUGUUGCUGUUUUAUCUCUUUAAGAAUUGAUUUGAAAUACUUUCUAUAAUAGCCAUAGACCUUUAUAUUUUCAAGAGCUGAAAUGAAUGUACAGUUGAAAUCUAGGGUCUUGAGUGAUUUGUGAGAACAUUAAAGCCAGGUUUGGAGUAAGGAAUAAUGACCCAUAUUCUUUUCUUCCCCAUACGUUAUUUCAUGUCCCAUGCUUAAAGUAUUUUCUUUAUUAUCUGUUGGAAAGCUGAUUUUAUUUUUUUCCCCGAACCUACAUUCAACUAGCCUUUAGGUAGCACUGUCAGUAGGGCAUGAAUAUUUAUUUUUUUAUCAUUAAAGUACUGAAACUUUUAAAAUACAGCACCAAAAAUCAUCCCAGUUUCUGACCUUUUAAAGCUGUCUUUUCAUAAUGUAUGGUUUUAAAUUUUGUUAUGAAUCCCUUAACAUUUUAAAUUUUCCAUUGAAAACCUGUGUCUUUAAACAUCCUCCAAUUGGCUUUUGAUAUUCAAAGCUAUAGUUUCGGUGUGCUGUAGCUGUAGAAUCACCACACUUUUGUUUUCUAAAGUAAAAUGGGUGUUCUUCAAGAAACUGGUCUUGCCCCUUCUCUACAAUCAUGGUAAAUUUUGUGAUUGAGUAGGUGUAGAGGCAUUUGGUCUUCAUAGCACAGUGUUUUAUGACAUCUUGACCCAAAAGGGUAAAUGUUGGUAAGGAUUUAAUGCUUAGAUACCUCUGUGAAGAGUCCCUUGCUCUAACUUUUACACAGAUAGCAUGAAUUGCUAGGGAUGGAACAAUUCAGGGAAAAUGUAUAUAUUUAAAUUUUUAUAUUAAAAUGGUGGGAUUCAUAAUACAGCUUUUCAUAAAAGCAAGUGGUCAUGGUUCAACUUAAUGGCUGGUAAAUUGUACUGCAUCCUAUUACAGCUCCAUUUCAAGCACAGAAUAAACACCUUUCAGUCCUAACUGCCAGGACGGGUAAGUGCGAGUGGUAGGCCAGCCAGGUUUAUUCAUAGACUGGGCUCUGAGCCUCUGAGAGAGACUCCUGUUCUUAGAUUUACUUUUGAUUUGUAUUUUUUUCCUAGGCAAAUGUUGUGCAAAACAGGGUACAUGUAUGAGUUAAAAGUUGGGAUAUGUAGGAGCAGUAUGGUCAGUAAAUGGAGUUCAGUAUGUUACACUAUACUUAAAUAUUGUUCUGUGAGGUGUUUUAUUUUAUUUAAUUAAACAUUAGAGCUGAAACUCUUAUGUCAAGGCAUGCUACUUUCUCUUGUUAAAAAGAACAAAAAUCAUAAGCCUACUCAGCUAUUCAGCAUACAUAUCCCUCCAGUCAAGCUGUUUGUUGGGAGGUUUGAAUUUGAGAAAGAUGUAAAAAUGCAGGGAGUGUUUAGUUAUUUUAAGGUCUGUGAAAUUAAGGUAUUUGAAUUGAAAGUCUGUUUAUUUAAAUGAAUAAAUUGUCACUCAUGAUUGUAGCCUUUGACAAAAUGCUAAUGGGAUAAUACUGUGUUUGAUGCUGCUCCUCUGCUCAACAGCUUCAAGCAGCUUGGAGCCAAAGCCAGCUGUGUAAGACAGGCAUCUGCUAAAAGUUAGUGCUCUUAGUACUAGUUUUGAGUCCUGCCAAGAGCCUCAACUUGCUAAAGGUAGGAACAUUUUUUGUCUAGCUAGAUCCUUGCAACUUCUCUACUGCUCUUUGCAUCUGCUGAUGGUACUGAAUGUUUCCCCCCCCCUUAUAAACAUUAUUGCCUGUUUGGUUGAUAUGUAAUACCGUACAGAGGAUGUUUUAUGCUGUAAUUAUUCUGAAGACAUUGUUUCUCUGUAUUGAGGUCCAGUGUCCAGUUAUGUUUCUUGCACUCUAAAGUACAUUAACUUUUUCAUUCUAAUUUAAUAAAUGUAUCAUCUAAAUGAAA